AACAUAUCGAGUUUGGGCUCAUUAAAUUCGUCUUAACACAUUCUGUUCAUUUCUUCUGAUGACGAGGACCUGAUGAUGGACUGGAAGGUGACUGAUGGACCCGGGACUGCCUACUGGCUCAUUACAUUCGUCUUAAUAUAUUCUGUUUAUUUCACUUUAAAGGGGGGUAAUAAAAAAGUCUAGCAAUAGUGAAGCUCCCCACGCUUUUUCAGUUAUUAUUACAUAUAUAUUAUUUUUUUAUUUUAUUUAAAAUCAACUAUAAACAUGGCUUACUAUAGCGCUAAUGAAGUAAACAGAGAGUAUACUCUGUUUAUUUUUGACUUUUUAGUGCUAUAAGUAAAAGCGUGUUUUUAGUUUUUUAAACUAUUAAUUUUAAUUAUAUUCCUCAUCAACGUUACUAUAUGAUUUCAUUGUAAUGCACAACCAUUGCUUAAGGCAUUACCCAAAACUUCUUUAGUUAACAAUUUUCCAGAAGAAACUUAAUAACUUCCGGAAAGUUACCAUGCAUUGUUUUUGAUGAUUUCGCGGAGGAACAAAGCCUCCCUGUUGGUGCGCUCUCUUCGUUAUAAAAAUCAAUAGCAUUAGUGAGUCCGUACAAACGAAUUAUACGAUUGUCGCUGUGUGCGUCGGCUGGCUUUCGAUGUGCGGGGAAACAAAAAAAAAACCACCAGCGAAAUUCUUGUAAUAAAAAUCAAUCGGAGCGGAGAGAAGGCGCCGCGCAGGGCGCCGGCCGGUCGCCACCCUGCCUGCCCCCACGCCGCACGAUAUACUUAUACUGCAUCUACCCCCCCAAUCGUACAUAUUCACUUACUUCCUAAUUUUUAUGAGGAAUUCUUUGCGAACAAUGGCAACGUACCAUUCUCGCGAACGAAAUCGAGUUGCGAAAUCGCGCCUCGAAAACUCGUUCCGAAUUCCGAUGCGCUCCUCUCGCAGGAGGCGGGAGGGAGCGCGCCCGCGGCCGCGGCCGCCGCCGCCGGUUCCGGCAAAAAGGCGUUUGUUUUUAUUUCUUCGGCGCGAAAAAAAAUGAGCACGCGCCCGCCCUGCACCUCCUAAACAUGCGCCACGCAGCGACGCAGACUCGGCCGGGUGUGUGCCGUGCCUGAUUCACUUUCAUUUGCGACAUCUCAUCGUACCCGAAGGUCACCGUGCAGCGCUCGCCCGGGGCACGGGUGCUUGCGCCGCCCUCCGCUGACCGACUAGGAUGCCGGGGCCGCAGCUCGACGCCACGAGCGUCAAGUGUGAGCCGCCGUCGGAUGCGGAGGACAGCAACUCCCAGUAUUCGCACGUGUACUUCAGCCAUCAGACAGGGCUGGAGGAGCUGGCGCCCGCGGGGCCCGCCGCCACGCCGGUGUGCGUCAAGCAGGAGCCGGCGGAGGCGCCAGCCCUCACGCUAGAGAAUCUGGAACCCGCGCUCUCUACUAACUGCACGGGUUCUACAUUGCUGGACCGACAUCUUGCAAUGCUUAACUCCACCGAAGUGCCUGACUCAUCAGACUUUAUGCCUCUAAUGGCAAAAGAUGAACCACUAUCUGAAGGAGAACAACAACAGUUCAGCGGUGACGACACAAGCGACUCAUGCAGUCAAACGGAGCCGUUGCAUACGAGAAGCAGCCCGAAGAGUUGGACACAGCGUGACAUGGAUAAUGCAUUGGAGGCUUUAAGAAAACACAAUAUGAGCCUUACUAAGGCUUCCGCGACUUACGGUAUUCCGUCCACUACGUUAUGGCAGCGAGCACAUAGGCUUGGUAUUGACACGCCGAAGAAGGAAGGUGCUUCUAAGUCCUGGAGCGAAGCGGAUCUACGAGGGGCACUGCACGCACUCAGAGCCGGCGCUAUAUCCGCGAAUAAAGCUAGUAAAGCAUACGGUAUUCCAAGCAGCACGCUGUAUAAGAUAGCCCGGCGCGAGGGUAUCCGGCUGGCGGCGCCGUUCAACGCCGCGCCCACCGCCUGGCGCCGUGCCGACCUCGAGCGCGCGCUCGCCUCCAUCCGCUGCGGCGCCAGCAGCGUGCAGCGCGCCGCCUCGCAGUACGGCAUCCCCACCGGUACCCUAUAUGGAAGAUGUAAGCGAGAAGGCAUCGAGCUGUCGCGGUCUAAUCCCACGCCGUGGUCUGAAGACGCCAUGGGUGAAGCAUUGGAAGCGGUCAGGGUAGGUCAGAUGUCCAUAAACCAAGCGGCCAUCCAUUACAACCUCCCAUAUUCCUCACUGUACGGCCGCUUUAAGAGAUGCAAGUACCAAAUUCAGGGUCACUCAAUGCAUCUAGAUAUGCAGAAGUCAAUGGAAGUAGACCCACAGACGCAACAGCAGGAUAUACAAUAUUAUCAGCAACCAAUGCCAGUUCAGGUUUCUCAUCCGAAUGAACAAGAACAUAAUAUACAAAAUCCCUACUUGCACCACAGCGUCCAUAUGAGUGAGCAAGACAGCAUGAUACAAGAACAUUACGGGCAAGCGAUUUAUUACGGCUGCAACAGCAUCAUGACCAGUUGAGGGUACGAGUUUCAAGGAGUACCUUGACCUUGUGCAUUUUAAACUUUUAGGCUGUGCUUAUUUUUUGUUAUGGGAACGCUUUAAGGGAUAUAUUAUUAGCAUAGAAUAAUGAGAAUUUCGUAUAAUAUCUAACAUAAAAUUUAUGAAUUGACUUUCUGGGAAAGAAACCGUGUAUCUGGUUUGAAAAAAUCCAUGUCAUGUACUUGGCUAUUUAAAAAAAUCAAUAAUCUUAUAAGCGGAGUAGAAAGAGCCAUAAAUUAAUUUAUUUGAGUUGUCUUUUGACGUAUAUUAAUGAUUCAACGAGCGUUUAAUAAGUUUUUAUUAAACUUGAAUAGUCAAUAUUUUUAAUAAGUUUUAUUGAAUACACACUGCUUAGUGCGGCCCUGCAUUAUUCUGCGUAAGUAGAAACUUGCUCGAAGGUUGAUGAAAAAAAAUGCAAGUACUUAAUUAGAAACGAUAAUAAAUUAGUAUAAGGAGUUUAAAAAUUUGUAAAUGAAACGAAAUACGUAAAUCUGAUGCUCUUUUUAUAGCUGUACAGUGGUGUCGAUUCUGACAUGAAUCUCUAAACCUAAACUUAAAUUAGACAACAGUGUAUCCUUGUCAUUUCCUAUACAGAAUAAAAAGAAGAAACUGAUGUUAAAUUUAGUUUUAAGUUUAGAGAAUCAUGCCAGAAUUGGCACCGGUGUCGUCUAAUUAUAUUAUAGAUCUAGUCAAAUCUUGGCCUGUUGAUAUUUUUAUAAUGUAUUUUUCGAGUAAUCUCAUGUAACUAAAUAGGUACGUAGUUUUAAACGAAAUUGUGAGUGGUUGUGUCACUUUAUUAUAAGGACUUAAUAAUUUUGUGCAAUACUUUUUAGAUACUUAGCUAUAGGAAAAUCAGACAAUUUGUAGCUGUUGUCAGACUAACGUUUUGUAAGUAGAAUUAGAAGUUAAACAUUUCAAUAACAAAAAACCUGUAUAAAAGCAUUAUUUACAACAAGUCAUAUUGUAAUAUUAUAUAAAAAGGUUUUUUGUUGUUUUUGGUCAUUUUGUACAUUUAGAUCUGAUCUUUAAUAUUUGAGAACUUUUAGAAUUACUUUUUUGUAGUUAUGUUUUUAUUUUUUUAAACAUUUAACUGCUAGAUGCUUAAAUCUAAAGAAAAAUCUUACUAGAAAAAAAAUCCACGCGGACCAGGCA